GAAAGGGAAGAGAUAUAGGGUUGGAAAAGUCGUGAUGCGUUCCGGAUAGUAGUUUAUAGUGGUACUAAGUCAGAAUAGAGGCAAAAAAAUAGAUCUAAGUAAAAACAAAAUAUUAAAAUAUAGGCGGAAGUUUGAUGCAGUCUGGUGUAACGUAUUGCAAGUGCUUUAUACUCUCUAGUAGUAAUACUAAUAGCUAUACUACGCAGUUGUUUGAUUGGGCUACUAGUACCACCAAGCGACGAAAGUUAUCAAAUUGGUGUUUGCUGUUUACCAAUAAUAGUAAAAUUACUACUGUUGCUAAGCCUAUCAUUCGUAAUCGGAUAAAAACACCGGGUAGUUUAUGUUAUUACUUGUCAUUUAGAAGAUGUAUUUUUGCUCUCACUUUUAAACCUUCAAUUUCAAAUAUUUUGACGCAAUUCAGUGUAGAAAGCAGUUCAUAUAAAAUGUAUUCUAAGAUCCAGAGAGAAGAUAGAAGUGAGGAUAGUUUAAAUUUCAGUGUUUUCUCUAAAUCGUUUUCCUUUGAUAAGUUUGAUAAACGACGAAGUGGUUAUAUGUUUGAGAUUUUAUCUUCUCUCAUUUUGAACAACAUAGAAUAUUUUCGAAAUCUUGAUUCCCAGGAAGCAGUAAAAUUAGUAGCAGCCUUUGGUUUAAUGACUGAACAUCUUGAAUAUAUUGAAUCUAAGAUUGACGAUUUGGGAAGGGUUGUUCAUUUGUAUGAUCUGGAUGAGCAUACACCCGGUAAUGGCUAUAGAAGCUUUUUGAGCAUAUUGCACAGUUUUAUACUUAUUUCUGUACAACUGUGUAAUACCGUUUGUAUGAAAAGAGAUUCUUUCAUGUUUCAGUCUUGCCAGUACCGUAAACAAGUUGAAGCUCAUGUAAGUGUACUUGGUGCACUCCGCAUUGGUUUAAUAUACCUGCUAAAAAUGCUUUAUCAAAAUACUAAAGGUGAAUUGUUUGUUGCAAAUGAGCACAUGACAGCACAGGAACUUCUUAAAGAAUAUGGAUCUUUAGACCAAACAGGAUUUUAUGGUCGAUGUCAUGGCUUUUAUUACUGUGAAUCAAUGCGGAGAACUCUGCUUGGAGUUAGUGUCAUCAUGGCAUCCUUCAGUGAUGUGUACCAGAGGGGUGGAGGAGCUUUGUCGCAUGCAGCAGCAUCAAUAGUUUAUGGCACAAAGUAUGCUUUUAACCCUGAGGCUCGAGCCCAGCAGAUUGUCCAAGUAGCACAGAAUGCUUCUGUGGGAUUUGUUAAAGCAUUUUGGAGCUUGAGUGAAACUCAUUUGAUGAAGAGGGUUCCAACUUGGUUGUGUCCUACUCCAGCUGUGAAGGAGGAGAUUUUUAUUCCUGCUGAACCUCUUGUCCUAAAUAAACUAAAUGGUCAUGAUAAAGUAGAAAUCUCAGCACCUCAUUCUCACAUUCCACCCGCACCUGUUAGGUGUGUACUGAUAUCUCAUCGAUUAAGGGAAGGACAGGAACUGAAUGAAAAAUCUAAACGUAAGACUUCAGAUGUUCUCCCCCCAUCACGGGAGCUUCUGAUUCAUUGCCAUGGAGGAGGAUUUAUUGCUCAGUCUCCAGAAGCUCACGAGAUUUACUUACGGGACUGGGCUAAAGAUCUUGAUAUUCCAAUACUUUCUAUUGACUACUCACUUGCACCAGCUGCUCCAUUUCCACGGGCUAUAGAAGAGGUAUUACUUGUUUAUGCUUGGGUUUUAAAGAACUCUAAGAGUCUGGGCUCAACGGGUGAACGUAUUUGCCUUGCUGGUGACAGUGCAGGAGGAAAUCUAAUGAUGGGUCUGACAUUAAAAGCUAUAGACUAUGGUAUUCGCAUACCAGAUGCUGUAUUUUGUGCUUACACCCCCAUGAUGCUGGACAUGAUUCCUUCUCCUUCCCGGCUUUUGUGUUGUAUGGAUCCGCUGCUUCCUCUCGGUUUCAUGCUCAGUUGCUUGGAUGCAUAUGCAGGUAUUGAUCGAAUAGAUGAUGAUGAGUAUAGUGAUGAAGAAAAAGAGAAUGAGGGAAAGAAAUUAGGAAUUUCUGGAUUCUUUGACUCUGGAAUAAGCUUGAUUAAAGACCUAGAACAGAUGGAGAUAGAAGGAACAGCACCAGCAUUAGACAGUGGUAGCCACUCUGUUCUGCAUGAUAGAAAACUGGUUAAUGAUGAUGAUGAUGGCAAUAGUUCUGUCGCUCCUGAAGAUGAUGAAAAAGAUUCUAUGUUAUGUUCUAGUGGACACACCCCUAUGUCGGACAGAUACGUGUCAGAAUUUCUACUCAAAUAUAACCAAGCUGACACUGACAAGCAGCAGCUUCAUGACACGGUAGAUCCAGAUGAAAACAACGUCUUUCAUCUACCAACUGAUCUAUCCUUCAGUUUGCAAAGGAAAUGUUGUAAAAUGACACGAAAUUGCUGGAAUAAAGUUUCUAAUUCAUUCACGGAAACAAAGUUUUAUAAGAAUCAUUUAGCAGGCAGUCGUAUCUUCUCACAGGGAACAGACACAAGGACAGGUUUGUUUCAGGUACCGUGGUAUCUCCAACAGAAGCCUGGAUUGGCAAAGAAAUUCCAGAGGGUUAAAAUCAUAACAAGCAACCCAUUUAUGUCUCCUUUUCUUGCUUCUGAUGAAAUGUUGCUACAAUUUCCACCUUUAUAUAUUGUUUCUCCAUCUUUUGAUCCCACGCUGGACGAUUCGGUUAUGUUUGCUCGAAGAAUGAAGAAGCUCCAGAGGGAAGUUCAUCUAGACUGUGUUGAUAAACUGCCUCAUGGAUUCCUCAACUUCUUGCCGUUCAGUAAAGAGGCACACGAAGGAUCCCAGUUGUGUGUGACUCGACUGAAAGAAGCUUUGAAACUUAAAUAAAAGACUUGUGAGUUUUUUGGGAAUAUUUUUCUGGUUUACCGAGAGCACUUAAUGUAGUUGUUAAAAAAAGUGUUCAGGAACUGUUUCUUUGUUGUAUAGAUACAGAAAAACAGAGUUAUUGUAGUUAAAAUUUUAGCUUUAAAUGUAUUGUCACCUUGUGUCCUCAUUAAUGAUUUUUGUUUUUAGGUUGAUGAUUUUUGUAUGUAUCUUAUUUAUCAGUUUCUUCAGACUGUACUUUCUGUUAUCUUCCUCAAACUAAAACAAUUCAAAUCUGAAAUUUUUUUCAUUAAUUUGUGAAAUUGAAUAUUAAAAUUUAAAGUUGUGUAAAGUUUAUGUAACUGUGGUGAAUCAUUAAAUUAUAGCUUUGUAAUAAAUAAGGACAAUGAUAUUGAACUAUGGUUCAUGGAUUUCUCUUUUUACACAUUUAAUUCAUCUGGUUCCUGGUAGUUUGGGAUAAUAUCUUGCAAUUUUUAACUGUAAGUUAUUUUUGGUGUGUGUGUAAGAAUAUAAUAAUGGAAUAAUAAAGUCCUCCAGUUUAUUCAGAUUGCCUGGCAUGGCCAGGUGGUUAGGGUGUUCGACUCGCAAUCCCCGGGUCGCAUUUUUUAAUCUCCCUCCCACCAAAAAUGCUUGCUCUUUCAGCUCUGGUGACGUUAUUAUGUGACAUUCAGUCCCACUAUUCAUUGGUAAAAGAGUAACCCAAGAGUCAGCGGUGGGUGGUGAUGACCAGCUGCUUUCCCUCUAGUCUUUUACUGCUAAAUUAGAGAUGUCUAGUGCAGAUAACCCUCGUGUAGCUCUGCAUGAAAUUCAAACCAAACUCAUCAGAUUUCUGUAAAGAAGUCACUAAUAAUGUAACUUUACACUAAUAGUAAUGGUUUCGGGUAUUACAAGAGCUAACUAAGCAACAGUUAUAUUCGUUUCAAAGAAUAAUGAAAAUGAAAAUUGUUUUGUUUGUUUAAGUUUUAAUAAUACAUCUGUGAAUCAAUGGCAAAGAAUUUCAAGGUUUUUAAUUCUGUAGUAUAACUAACUGAUCGUACUGGUUCUUUGCAAGGUGUACAUACCAUUUUCUUCUUUGACCGCUAACAGAUAUUCCUAAUAUUACUGUUUUUAUUUCAUCUUUCACAUAUAUAUAUACAAUAAUGUAUUCUGCAGUGUUUUCUAACAUCGACUGAUGCGUAUAUGUAUAGAUGGAGUACAGAUGUAGUGAAUGGUGAAAUUAAGAUAGACUCGAUUAGAAUGUUGCUCAUGGAUUGUGAAUUUGAUUAGAGAACUAUUUUAAGUUGACAGGUUUGAGUAUAGAUGUAUAGAUGGAGUACAGACGUAGUGAAUGGUAAAAUUAAGAUAGACACGAUUAGAAUGUUGCUCAUGGAUUGUGAAUUUGAUUAGAGAGCUAUUUUAAGUUGACAGGUUUGAGUAUAGAUGUAUAGAUGGAGUACAGACGUAGUGUAUGGUGAAAUUAAGAUAGACUCGAUUAGAAUGUUGCUCAUGGAUUGUGAAUUUGAUUAGAGAACUAUGUAAGUUGACAGGUUUGAGUAUAGAUGUAUAGAUGGAGUACAGACGUAGUGAAUGGUGAAAUUAACAUAGACACGAUUAGAAUGUUGCUCAUGGAUUGUGAAUUUGAUUAGAGAGCUAUUUUAAGUUGACAGGUUUGAGUAUAGAUGUAUAGAUGGAGUACAGACGUAGUGAAUGGUGAAAUUAAGAUAGACACGAUUAGAAUGUUGCUCAUGGAUUGUGAAUUUGAUUAGAGAACUAUUUUAAGUUGACAGGUUUGAGUACUGUGAGUAGCAGAAUAGGUUGAGGUACAUGACAUUGUAACAUAUGUAGAAAAGGAGAACAUUGUAUGUGAAUAGAACAAUGCUCGUAGAUUGUUUAUACUUACAUAGAAUAUGUAAAUAUACAUUGUAUAUUUAUACAAAAUCAUGCGUAAGUGUACUUACAUAAUGUUUGUUUUAGUUUUUCAUAACGUUUUGUUCUCUUGCUUAGUGUUUUAUUAAAAUUAUUUUAAGCUAUUAACUAAAUUAAGAAAAUCUAACUCAAUUAAUUAUAGCUGAAUUGAUCACAUUGAUGUAGAGUUCUUUCACAAACUCGGUACAUUGUAUUCAAUUCUUUUAUUUAACUUAAUAUGGUACACUUUUUUUUUUUUUAAUCUUUAGUAUAUAGUACAUUCACAUUAUACCGUGCUUUCUUCACUGUUAGAAAAAUGGCAUUUUGAAGAAUGGAAUAUAUAAAUUAAUUUUGGAGUAUUGUGGUAUCUGUAUUUAAACAGAAAGAACCUUUAUAUAGAUAAUUUUUUAUACAGUUGCAUCACAAACAGAUAUACAUUGUAUAAAUGAAAGCCGAGGUUAUUUUGUGAAAAAUAUUCCAGAGACUAUUUUUUUGUUUUUUUUUCAGAAUACUACCUAUAAAUGUCCACCAAAUAAAGUUAUGUAAGAUUGGGAUAUUAGAUGUAGUAUACUUGUCUAUUUUUUUGAUGAAUUACCGAUUUCAAAUUUAGAUUUGUUUCCCUUAUAUACUAACAAUGACUAAUUGUAAAGUCCAUUGCCUAGAAUAGUUUUGUGUUUAAGAUAUUAGUUGUUCUUUGCCCAAACAUUUGCACAUAUAUUUAUACAAAAUAUAUGCUUUUUUGUGUAUUAUUAUCUAAGUUGUUAUUUAAGUUGAUCAUUGUUUUAGUAAUUGCUUAUUGAAUAGGAAAAUUGUUAAUGUUUUAACACAAGUACUUAGUGUAAACUUUUAAGAUAUUUAAAUACUUCCAAAACUAAACAUUCCAUUUCAUGGGUAGUAUUAAUAAUUGGUUCACACAUUUUGUUAUUAAGUAAAAGUGUUACAGAGAUUUUACAACAGUUAAAACAAGAUGAAAAUAUGAAUAAAAACAAGUACACGUGAAUUUCUAAAUGAACAUUUUAUAUUUUUGAUCUACUCAUAUGAUAAACUGUGUCUUACUAUUAAAAACUAGUCUUAUCAAUGUUAUUUAAUGUUCCUUUUGUUUCAAGGUAAUUCAAUAAAUGCAUUAAAAGUUUUAAAUCUGUUAAUCAGUUUUUCAUGGAAGAUAGCUUAGAACAUGAAUAGUGCCCACAAAACAUAUAAGUGUAUAUAAAAAAAAA